AUGGAGUUGGGGAAUUAUGAACAGCCUGUUGUAAUGAGAGAGGAAACCAAACGAAGGAGAAGAAGAAUGAAGCCAUAUAGUGCAGCAAGUAAUUUGUCUUCAAUGGAACUGAUAUCCAUUGAGUUCAUUCUGCCUACAAGCAAUAAACAUACUAAAGUGCAGGAAACAAUGUUACUUGAAAUAGCUGGCAACUGUACUGUUGAGCAAAUGAAAGCACAGAUUUGGAUGCGUGCAAUAGAGAUGAGCCAAACCACAGACUUUUACCAUAAAUCCACCCCAGAUCAAUUUAUUCUUCAAUAUCAAAAGAAAGGGCAGUGGUAUGAAAUUUAUGACAAACAUCAAGUAAUACAGACAUUGGACUGCAUACUGUAUUGGAAAGUGUUACAGAAAAAGGUAGGCAAAAUCUAUGUGGUCCAGAAGCAAAAACCAACGGAGGCGGUUCAGGAAUUUCAGACGCAGCUUAAUGAUUUAAUUGGCUAUGAUGUCACUGAUGUUAGUAAUGUGCAUGAUGAUGAGCUAGAAUUUACUCGUCGCAGGUUAGUCACACCACGAAUGAUUGAAGUAGCCUGCAGAGAUCCAAAAUUGUAUUCAAUGCAUCCAUGGAUUACAUCCAAGCCACUCCCAGAAUAUGUGUUUAAAAAGAUUACUCAUAACAAUAUUUUUAUAAUCAUACAUAGAGGAACAACUAGCCAGAAAAUUAAAGUAUCAAUUGAUGACAUGCCAGAUAUGAUCCUUCAGAGCUUUUUCACAAAAAUGGCAAAGAAGAAAUCUUUGAUGGAUAUUCCUGAGGAUCACAGUGAACUGGAUUUUGUUCUCAGGGUUUGUGGCAGAGAUGAGUAUAUCACAGGAGAGACGCCAAUCAAAGAUUUUCACUGGAUAAGACAGUGCCUGAAGAAUGGGGAAGAGAUCCACCUAGUACUAGAUGACCCUCCUGACCCCAAGGAGGAUGAGGUUCAGAAAGAAGAAUGGCCCUUGGUGGAUGACUGCACAGGUGUUACAGGAUAUCAUGAACAGCUGACAAUAGAUGGAAAAGAUCAUGAGAGGGUGUUCACUAUCUCUUUGUGGGACUGUAAUAGAAAAUUCAGGGUCAAGAUAGUUGGCAUUGAUAUCCCAGUGCUACCAAGAAAUACUGAACUUACUGUGUUUGUUGAGGCUAAUAUUCAACAUGGGCAACAACUUCUUUCACAGAGAAGGACCAUAUCUAAGCCUUUUACUGAGGAGGUUCUGUGGAAUACUUGGGUUGAAUUUGAUAUUAAAAUUAAAGAUUUGCCUAAAGGAGCACUACUGAAUCUACAGAUAUAUUGUGGCAAAGCACAGGCAUUAUCCACAAAGGUUAGCCUUCAGUCACAUGAUUCCCCCAACUCCGAUUCUAAAUGCAAAACUCAGCUACUCUAUUAUGUAAAUAUUUUGUUGAUUGAUCACCGUUCCCUGCUACGUAGUGGGGAGUACGUGCUUCAUAUGUGGAAGAUUUCAGGUAAGGGGGAAGAGCAGGGAAGCAUCAAUGCUGACAAACUUACAUCAGCAACCAAUCCUGAUAAAGAAAACUCAAUGGCUAUCUCUAUUGUUUUGGAUAAAUAUUGCCACCCAAUAGCUUUGCCCAAACAUAGGAUAACAUCUGACCCCCAAGGGGAUAGGACAAGAGCUGAAAUGCCCAACCAGCUUCGAAAACAACUUGAAGCGAUCGUAGACACUGACCCACUUAAUCCACUUACUCCUGAGGACAAAGAAUUAUUGUGGCAUUUUAGAUACGAAAGCAUAAAGCACCCCAAGGCAUAUCCUAAGCUGCUUAGCUCAGUGAAGUGGGGACAGCAAGAAAUAGUGGCUAAAACAUACCAGUUGUUAGCUAAAAGAGAAGCUUGGGAUCAUAGCACUUUGGAUGUUGGACUAACAAUGCAACUUUUGGACUGUAACUUUUCGGAUGAAAAUGUAAGAGCAAUGGCGGUUCAAAAGCUGGAGAGCUUAGAAGACGACGAUGUUCUGCAUUACCUUUUGCAACUAGUGCAGGCUGUGAAAUUUGAACCCUAUCAUGACAGCGCACUAGCCAGAUUUCUACUAAAACGAGGUUUGAGAAACAAAAGAAUUGGUCACUUUUUGUUUUGGUUUUUAAGAAGUGAGAUUGCUCAGUCCAUGCACUACCAGCAGAGGUUUGCUGUGAUCCUAGAAGCCUAUCUUAGGGGCUGUGGAAAAGCCAUGCUACAUGAUUUCAUGAAACAGGUUCAGAUAAUUAAGUUGCUGCAUAAAGUCACAAUGGAUAUAAAAUCAGUUUCUGCUGAAAAGUACGAUGUCACCUCUCAAGUUAUCACACAGCUGAAACAAAAGCUUGAAAAACUGCAGAACAGCAAACUUCCGGAAAGCUUUAGAGUUCCAUAUGACCCUGGGCUGAGAGCAGGAGCACUAGUGAUUGAAAAAUGCAAAGUAAUGGCAUCCAAGAAAAAGCCACUUUGGCUUGAAUUUAAAUGUGCAGACCCCACAGCCCUAUCAAAUGAAACCAUAGGCAUUAUCUUCAAACAUGGAGAUGACCUUCGCCAGGAUAUGCUUAUUUUACAGAUUCUUCGAAUUAUGGAAUCUAUUUGGGAAGCAGAAUCCUUGGACCUGUGUUUGUUGCCAUAUGGUUGCAUUUCUACGGGAAAUAAAAUAGGAAUGAUUGAAAUUGUGAAAGAUGCUACAACAAUUGCCAAAAUUCAGCAAAGUACAGUUGGCAACACAGGUGCAUUUAAGGAUGAAAUACUAAAUCAGUGGCUGAAAGACAGAUGUGUGAUUGAAGAAAAGUUUCAGGCAGCAGUGGAAAGAUUUGUUUAUUCUUGUUCUGGUUACUGUGUGGCAACCUUUGUACUUGGAAUAGGAGACAGACACAAUGACAACAUUAUGAUUACAGAAUCAGGUAAUCUCUUUCAUAUUGACUUUGGUCAUAUUCUUGGGAAUUACAAAAGCUUCCUUGGAAUUAAUAAGGAAAGAGUCCCUUUUGUGUUGACGCCAGAUUUUCUUUUUGUCAUGGGAACUGCUGGAAAGAAGACAAGUCUGCAUUUCAGUAAAUUUCAGGACAUUUGUGUGAAGGCUUAUCUUGCUCUUCGACAUCACACAAACCUGCUGAUCAUUCUGUUUUCCAUGAUGCUAAUGACUGGAAUGCCUCAAUUAACCAGCAAAGAAGAUAUUGAAUAUAUCCGGGAUGCUCUAACUGUAGGUAAAAACGAGGAAGAUGCUAAAAAGCAUUUCCUAGAUCAGAUUGAGGUUUGCAGAGAUAAAGGCUGGACUGUGCAGUUUAACUGGUUUCUACAUCUUGUGCUUGGAAUCAAACAAGGAGUAGAAAAGCAUUCUGCCUAA